AUGCCUGAUAUAUCUGAUGCAAGAUAUACUAGUAAUGGCAUUGAACAGCAAGGAUUUGUUCAGCAAUCUGAUAUCUUUAUGGAUUCAUGUGUUGUUGAGAUUCCUGACUCAUAUACUCUAAUGGAUCAACUUCACAAUAUUACUCCUUUUGAUAGAUUGCAUAGAGUAUUUGGUGAUGGUUAUAGUUUUAAAUACAUAAGAUGCAGCACAAGUGUGACAAAUGGUAAUGUCUCUGUGUAUAAAGUAUCUGCUCCAAAUGUUGCAAUAGCUGAUCCUGCACUAACUGAUAUCUUUCUUAGGAUGCAUCAAGAACAUGUAUUUCUUCAAAACUAUGAUAUUACUAUGGAUUGUCUAAAUAUUUCUUCUAGAGCUAUUGUUAAGGAAUUUCUUCUUGAUAAUGGAAUCAGUAGCAAAGAUAUUCUUGAUGAUGAAAAUAAAGUUGGAGCAAACUGUAUUAGCUGGUUUACUGAAGAAGAUGAGAUAAGAAUAAGGAACAAGUUGUAUAAUAAAUUUGUUCAACUCUUAGAAAGUGGUGAAGUUCGCAAUCAACUUACUUCUAAGCUAUCAGAGCUAGUGAUGCCAACUUCUCAACAGUUUGGUGAAACACUUGUUGCUUGUAGGAAUGAAGGAUUAAUGAGACUUGAGCUUACUGUUCACUCUCCUGAGUUGAAGGAAGUAGAAUGGAACACAAACUUAAUUGUCAAUACUCUUGAGUUUCUUCAUAACUGCAGGACAUUUGCAACAUCUUAUGAAAAGCAAUGGAUGGCACUAGUUGAUCAGAUUCAUAACAAACAUACAUUGUGUAUUUACUUCCAUAAAGAACAUUCUCUUGGUUACUGCCAUUGGUUCAAUAAAACAACUAAGAAGAAACAAGGAAUAGCUAAAAAGUUGAAAAAGAAUGAGGAUAUGAUGACUGUUGUUUCUAAUCUUACAUUCAAUGGACACCCAACUGUUCUUCUUACAUAUGCUACUAGUAGUGGUCCUCUUGAAUCUGAAGUUGUUCUGAGAAGAGAUAUCACAAACAUCACUAUUGUUCCUAGUCAGAGAAACUCCUUCUGGCCGGUUGCUUCAAGAGAAAGACAACAACAUACAUUUGCUGAAAUGGGACUUAUUAACUAUCGUGGAAUACAUAUUGAUUGGUUAACAGCUCAGCAAGCAAGAGAGAAAGUUAGGCUUUCAACUCUCUCAAUUGUUAGUGAUAAUACUGAUGGUUUAGGAAUAGAUGACCUUCUUGCAGAUAUUAGCAAUAUUGAACUUGAUGAUCUAGAACCUACAUAUUUAAGAGAAAAUACUGAUCUCAAGCCAGCUAGAUAUAAAGUUGCUUACAACAUACUUCAUGUUGGUGAUGAGUUCUUAGUUAGUUAUUACUUCCUAUAUACUUUUAGAGGAUUACCUUUCUACUAUCUAGAUAUUUCUAUGAUUCACAAUGAAAUAGUUAGUAGCACUCAUAUACUUAUCAAAGUACUGGCAAGUAGUCCAUUUGGUGAAUGUAUUGCUUCUGUUAUUGGCCAACCAAAUCAAGAAGUGGUGCUUAAAGUAACUAGAAUUCAUAAUCGUAUUAUCCAUACUGAGAGGAUCUAG